CUGGGCGGUGAGAAAGCGGCGCCUGGCCCGAGGCGGCGGCGCCGGAGCAGGCUGAGGCGGCGGCCGGGACGAGCGCCCUGAGGUGGCGGCCGCGGCCCCAUGGGCGGGUGCGUGGGCGCCCAACACGACUCCUCGGGCAGCCUCAACGAGAACUCGGACGGCACUGGAGUUGCUCUAGGUCGUAACCAGCCUUUGAAAAAGGAGAAACCAAAAUGGAAAAGCGAUUAUCCCAUGACAGAUGGACAACUGCGCAGCAAGAGGGAUGAAUUUUGGGACACGGCACCAGCCUUUGAAGGGCGGAAAGAGAUCUGGGAUGCCUUGAAGGCUGCAGCACAUGCUUUUGAAAGCAAUGAUCAUGAACUGGCACAGGCAAUCAUUGAUGGUGCAAACAUAACACUACCACAUGGUGCGCUGACGGAGUGCUACGAUGAGCUGGGGAACCGAUACCAGCUGCCAGUCUAUUGCUUGGCUCCACCAAUCAACAUGAUAGAGGAAAAGAGUGACAUAGAGACUCUGGAUAUCCCUGAGCCACCUCCCAAUUCCGGACACGAGUCUCAGCUCCGUCUGCGCCUCUCCACAGGCAAAGACCUCAAGCUCGUGGUGCGCAGCACGGACACGGUAUUCCACAUGAAGAGGCGCUUACAUGCUACAGAGGGGGUGGAGCCAGGCAGCCAGCGGUGGUUCUUCUCUGGCAGGCCUCUCACUGAUAAGAUGAAACUGGAGGAGCUGAAGAUCCCAAAGGACUAUGUGGUACAGGUUAUCGUGAGCCAGCCUGUGCAAAACCCAACACCAGUGGAGAACUGAGCUGGGCUUGCCUGCGUCCCAGAUCCCUUGGCUCCUUUUUAUUAUCAUUUCCUACUCUAUGACGUGAAAUUUAUUUUCACUGCUCUGAAUUCCCUAUGAAUGGAUUUAGUUCUGAGGAAUUACCAGUGAAAAAUUCCAUCUGUGAUGGAGACCAACAAAAAUAAUAAAACACACAGAGCCAGCCUCUGGAACUCCUGUAAUUACAAUUUCUAAUUUGAGAGGCAGUUAAGAAAUAGAUAACCGUUUAUUUUAAAACAUUUAUCAACUAUGUAAUGGCUGUAUUUAAAUAAUUUGGAAUGUACACAGACACCAGACCCAUUAAGAACAGCACCAAGCACCUUUUGGAUACAGAAUUUUUAAAAUGUAUAUGUCAAGUUAUAUUUCCAGAACAUCAAUAAUUAAUAACAGUUACAAAACUUAAACCUUUGUUUUUAUUUUUGUUUUAGUAGAACCUAAAAGAGCAGAGGGGAUUGUUUCUCUUCUGGGUUUGUAUUCUUAUUCCACCAGGAAGCAGUGGAGAUUGGGAGUUUGUCAAUGUUGCCUCCCCUCCCUGAAGUCAUGCUCCGUUUCUGGAGCUGACUGACCCCAUCUAUAUUUCUGGGCCAUAUAACAUGGAAAUGGAGUGUAGCUGCUUCCAUUCCAGAAUAAAAAGCAAUCCUUUCUUCCUCACCUUGCAGAGGGUGGAAGUUAAAUCUUCUCUGCCUGUUCCUGGGAAAACUGUGCCUCUUCUCAGCCUUGGAGAAAACUCCAACUCAAAAUUUUCAAGUGUGAAGGUUUACUGGUGUCACUUAACUGAUACUGGUGAGAACAAAUGGUGGCACCUGGCGCUAGACCUGAGUGCUUUUCACUUCACUCUGAUUCUCGUCAUCGUGGGCAGCAGUGUUCUUCCUGCACCUUCCCACAAAGUGGUGAAUCAACCACCUUAUCUGCACAUGAGGCUGAGGGACUGGAGCACAGUGAGCCAGCCUUACCUCCUGGAGAAGGCUGGAGAAAGCUACCAAGGGUUGUAUUUAAUCUGGAGCCUCUUAAAAGCCGAUUCUACCAGGCAUGGUUGUUGCAUGCAUUUAAUCCCAAACUUGGGAGCAAAAGUAGGCAGAUCUCAGAAUUUGAGAUUAAUCUGGAAUACAAAGCUAGUUCUAGACCAGCCAGAGCUGCAUAAUGAAACCCUGUCUUGGGGGGGCGGGGGGAAGGUUGAUUCCAUGAGCUAAUGUGACCGCACUGUAUCUUUGGAGUCUGAACUGUGUACAGUAGAUGAAAGAGGGCGCUAUGCUGUCUCAGUAGGGAAAUGCCAAACCUUCAACAUCUAUUUGGAUAUAAACACCAUGAUUUAUGUGACAAAAUGAAACUGCUAAGGAGUUUAAAAUGUAAUGUUUAAAGUGGUGUUAAAUUUCCUAUAGCCUGUUUAAAUAUAUCUAUAAUUGAACUUACAUUUCUGAGAACUUUUAACCAUUUCCCUAAUUCUGUUCAUAAGUUUAAAGUUUGUGACUGCACCUAAUUUAGACUUGAUGGGGAUUGAGUCUAAAUUUAGGAGAAGCACACAGCUUUAACAAUGAGGAAGGUGCUCACAUUCCUGUGUGGAGGCUCCAGGACAUCGGAGUGCAUCGGCCUACCAUCAGAGGGUUGAUUCAUUUGCCACAUUGAGUAACAGUAUCUCAAAGUCCAUCAACUGGAAAAGAGUGUUUUAAAAAUUAUUUUUCUAAAGGAAAUUUGAUGGUGUCAUCAAUAAUCUAUGUUUGGUAAAGGUCUUGUUUGUUUCUUGAGGGUUGACCUCUCUAAGAGUUUUUUAUUUUAAAGGAACAUAUACUUUGAAUAACGAUCCUCCAGGCGUGUUUAACCUAGGUGAGAAAAAAAACAUGGUGCUGGUAAUUGUCAAUAGAUUGAUGUAAGAUUGGAUCAAUACUUGAUGUGUAUAAUUUUAGUAUGUAGGGGUUUUGUGCUUUUUUUAAAAAAAAAGUUCAACUUUU